UUAAAAAAGUAGCAUGAUAUAUAUAAGAAGGAACCAUAUAAUAAAUCAAACAUAUACAUACAUAACACUAGCUUCCAAAUUCAAACCAAACACACCAAUAUAUCUCUAUUAACUUCAAACAAAGAAUCAUGAAGAGAAUGCAAGCACCUGCAGCAAAUUACCAGAGUAGUAUCAUUGGUUCUCAAUAUCUUGUUCCUCAUUGUGUUGACCUAUCAAUUGUGAGAAAUGUCACAACAUUAAAUGAUAACUUCACAGUCGCAGAUAUUAAUGGAAAAAUCUUCUUCAACCUUAAAGCAUCUCUCAUCUCCCUCUAUGACCAACGUCUCUUGCUCGAUGCCACUGGAAAAACAGUCGUCGUGACACUAAGACGAAAGGUAAUGACAGGACAUGAUAGAUGGCAAGCAUUUAGAGGUGAAAGCACAGAUUUGAAAGAUUUGAUAUUUAGUGUAAAGAGAUCAUCCAUGUUUCAGACAAAGAUCAAAUUAGAUGUGUUAUUAGCUAGUAAUACCAAAGAACAAAUUAGUGAUUUUAAGGUCAAAGGAAGUUGGUUAGAGAAAUCUUGUGUUGUUUAUGCUGGUGAAUCUCACCAAAUUGUUGCUCAGAUGCAUAAGAAGGAGGAAUUUGGGAAAGAUAAUCUCACGGUCAGAGUGUAUCCCAACAUUGACUAUGCAUUCAUUGUGGCAUUAACUUUGAUUCUUGACGAAAUUAAUCAAGACAAAAUUCGACAACAAUAGGAAUCAUUGCAUCAAUAUUAUAUAGGAGUAGUACUUUUUAUUGAGUGGGAUAUUACAGAAUAAAGUUAUUAUGAACAAGUAUACUGAGCUCUAGCCUUUGUUACUUUUUUUUAUUACAAUGGAGACAGAGAAGAUCGAACCUAGAACUUCCUGCAUACUACCCAAAUCUCUCACCACUAAAUCAAAUCUAGUGGUUUAGUCUUUUUUACUUUCAAUCUGUAAGAGAGUUAGUUAAAUUUAAUUAAGUUGGUUAUAUUUGCCAACUAUCUCUAACUUUCGGUGUAUAUAUACUUAUGUAUCUUCAUUCAAUUAAUGAAAUUGUGAUUCAUUUCUCCAAAAUCAUUCUAUGUAUUUUUUU